AAACAACGCAAAUAACCUGCAACGAGGUUGUAGGAGGAGUCUAGUGCCUUCUCUCUCUAUGUAAGAGCAAGAUGCAUUUAGUGUAGUAAUUCCAUCAUCGAAAACGACGCUCAUUUAUGUAGCAAAACAAGCACCAUGGUAGCCGCAGCACCACCUUCCCGCUUCUUCAACACAGCCACAGUAUCUACACUGCUUGCGCUUCAUCUUUGGUCGUCCUUCUGCCUCCGGAGGCCGUUCUGGCGACCGAGUUUGCAAGCCGACACCAAGGAGGCGCACCGCUUUGGAUUUGCGUCGAAAAAGGAAGCUCCAACUCCUAAUCCAACUCCAGCCGACGGGGAGGCUACAACACCUGGAGUUGCAGGCGCUGCUGCGCAGCAGGCCGGCGGUAAAAUUGGAUUUCCUACGGAAGUGGAUACGACGCUCGCUCCGAGCACUGCGGGAGGCACUCCUGUCACGUCGACGCCAUCUUCUAAGAAGACCGCAUCCACCACCUCUGUACAAGCAAGUCCUGCUCCCGCUCCCACUUUCGCCGUCGGCGUCCCUUUGAUUCCUCGCGACCUACAAAAAGACCGGCUAUCAGUAGGAAAAAUCCCCCAUAUCGAAAACGAAAUUUGUGAUGCUGUAUUUGAGGACACAAAUCGACUUGUAAUGCUAGAAGGUGGCCAAGAGACGCAGCUGUGGCCUCGUCUACAGGCAAUUUGUCAUGCUGUUUCCCACUUUUAGUUGUUUUCUGUUAUGUUGAAGACGCAAAGGUUUAUUCCCACGCCAACCAGCACUACAGUCGGCAUCUUUUCCCUUCUAGCAUGACAAAGCUGAUUUGUGGCCACAAAUCUGCAUCACAAAUUUCUAUUUUGAGUAUGGGGCGGUGGGAUUUUUCACUUUGAUACCGGCUACGCGACCUUCUGUACGACUCCGUCGUGAAUCAAGAGGUGCCGCCGGAAGAAUUCUAUUACCAUGAAAAAUGCCCCCUCCCCAUAUCACAACGGAAAUCUGUGAUGCAUAUUUGUGGUCACAAAUCAGCUUUGUGAUGCUAGAAGGCUAAAGAUGCGGACUGUAGUGCUGUCUAGUGUGGGAAAGCCUUGCAGCUCUAGGAUGACAAAAGGCAACUGUAAGCGGGAAACAGCAUGACAGAUUACCUGCGAUUUAGGCCGCGCCUUCGUGUCUUGGCCCUCUAGCAAUACAAGUUGAUUUGUGUACUCAAAUACAGCAUCACAAAUUCGCGCAUCUUCCGUUUCCGAUAUGGGGAGGGGGGAUUUUUCCUUUUGAUAAAUUCGUGGUCUUCUUCAGCGGAAAAGUGUCUACUAUGAAAGCGGAAGCAGAGCACCAGCAGGCAUCGAGCUCGAGCCCAAAGAUCCUGCUUUCGGCGGCUGCGAGAGCGGCCGUGCUGGCUGCGGCGGCAAGGGCAAGAACGGUGGACAGCACGCAUCCAAUUGCAGUAGUGCCAGAAGCUGCUCCUGCGGUAGCACAAGCACCAGGGCGGUUUCACCAGCUUCAAGAGAGUGCUCAGAUUUUCAGUUGCCGCACGGAAUACAACGCUACCACGGCCGACCGAGCCGUGAAAAACAUCGAGGUUGAGACCUGUCGCGGAAAAUUGGUAAUCCCGCCAAGGUCCACCUCCGCCAAGUCGGAGGUAGAAGAAAGCGCACAAAAGCAGGUAGCCGUAACACUUCUGUGGGCGAAGCGUGUGGGGGAAAAACCGCUGGCGCGGUCCUUUUCACCGGGGGUGGGAAGAAACUGGAUCGCCCGGGUAGCGGCAAGCGAGUACAUCGCUUUUUUGGACAGCGAUGACUUCGCGUUUCCGGACCGCAUCAAGUGGCUCAAAAAAGCGGCGGUGAAAUCGGGAUUGCCACACCUCAUAGCCGCCAGAUGGAGCUUUCCGGUGGUGCGGGUCGUGCGCCAUCAAAGUCAGGCUCGCGGAAAAAGUGCAAACGAAGGCCUCCGUGGUCAAGCACAACUACUAGAAGAGGGGUCCGAGGACAAAUUGAUGUACGAUUCUGGUGAGUGUUCCGGUUCCUGCAACGGGUUUGGGCCGCAGCUGCGCAAAUUCGUCCAAGCUCUCCCGGUGUACGAGCAUUCUGCGCUGGGAGCAAGACAAGGAGAGCAAGCAAGCGGGAGAUUGCGCAGGCUGAUAUUGGUGGGUCAUUUCGUCGGCGACGUGCGGGCUGCGAGACGGUAUGAGGAAGCGAAAUGGAGCGACCUGUCCCUGAGCGCUCUCUCGGUGCAGUGUGGCGCUGGGGAAACAACUGGCGCACCUGGCAGAACGACGACUGCUGAGACGAACAAGGGCAAGGGGGAGGACUCUGAAUAUGUGAAAGUGAACAGAACAGCAUCACCAAGUAGUAGAAAUUUCGUCGAGCUGAAAGACGGGAAGAUGGACUCACAACUCGCUCUACUAGUAUCGGAGCGGUCCAGCACGAUCACGGAGGGAACAGAUUGCGUGUCCUUGGAUACUGAGAACGCCGAAAACCGCGACGUUUUCUUGCGGUUGACGCCUCACAUUUUGAAGCGGUACAAGGAACGGGGAAGGUGGUAUCUAGAAUGGUAUCCCUAUGGGCACAUAACGGUGAAGCGGGAAGCUGCUGUUCGGAUGCCAUACCCCGAGAUACCGAAGUAUGGAGCGCAGCGCGGCGAAGACCAACGCUUUAUCAGCAGAAUUCUCACUUCAACUUCUACGACCGCUAGCAAUCGCAUGGCCUUUUUGGAGAACUUGCCGCUCACGGCAAAAUACAUGGGGCGCCGGAGAUCGUCUGCCUCAGCAGUAGCAGGCUCGACUCUUCGUCGUCUAGACAGAAAAACGACUUGA